UCUCCAUCACUCCUAUUUAUACCCUCUCUCAUUCACUUCACCGCCCACGCUCCCCCAAUUCUAUCUCCCUCUCUCUCUACAAAUCUUCUAUAAUGCAACCUGCUGAUCUUGGAGAUCACAUUGGAAUGGAGAGUUGUGUGGAUUUGGAAACCGAUACUGCACAGCCGCUACAGCCUUCUCGCGGUGGUGCGCCGGUGAAUCAGAAACCAUGGGGGAUGACUAGGAGAUCAUCAUUCUCCGGAAGGAAAGGCAAGGAACUUCCACCGCCGAUGCCGAUUCAAUCGUCGACGGUUAUGAAAAGGUAUUACACCGACGACGGGAGGCUGAUCAUCACGGAGGAGAAGGUGGAGAGUCCUAAAUAUUUUUUCACGGCGCACAGAUCUCACGGCCGUCUCACUCUUCAACUCGUUCCUUCUGAAUCGGUGGAGAACAAGUGCAGUUCGUCUGAAAAUGGAGAAGGAAACGAUAUUUCUGGUAAGGAUAAGUGUAUGAGUAAGGUAGCGACGGUGAUUGCCGGUGGUGACGGCGACGGUGGAAAUAGAGGAAAAUGCUUUAGUUAUAACACCGCCGUGAGAGUGGCGGCGACUGGAUCAUGCUUGUUUGUUAAUCAGAAUCGUCAACUUCACGCGAUAAGGCCGGUUCAGAUAUAGCUUUUAGGGGAAUUCACAUUUUAAAAGAAAAAAUUAAAUUAAUUCAAUUAUUUUUCUUCAUGAAUUUAAUCAAAAUCAUCUUCGAUCCUUUCUCUCUUUUCUUUUUGGAAAUUAUUGUAAUUUAACAACGAGAAUAUAAUUGCGUCAUUUUUUCAUC